AUCCCCCCGGUGGAGCCGGGUCCUUCGUUGGAUUGCUCAGUUGAUUUCGACAUUCCGAAAUGGGUAUGAGUUAAUCAGGAAACAUAUCAACAUUUAUAGACCCCAAUGACACUUGACAUCUCCUCAACACGACGUACUCAAUAAUAAUUAUCGUAUUGUUCCUAUAAUCCCUCAAUUAAUUAUCAGUGUCACUGCCAUACAAGCUCCUGUAAAAACAUAAAUCGACGAACCAGUCCUAGGUUGUGAUUUUUACUGUGGAGCUUAUUUACGCAUGACCGCACACAGUGACCCAUUUACCGGUUAGAAUGUGUCGGCAGCUUUGGUGUAAAUAAUAUGCCAUUCAAAUUGUUUACGGGCUCGCAUAAACCAGCCGUGUCACAGCCAAUAACGUAUGUGUGUGGUCAGCUACGUCACCAGGUCAACCCUUGGAUAGACAGUCUGAUACUGAUGCCGGCAGACGUCCACUCUCGCUGCGUAUACAGCGUCGUAAAAUAACCGACAAGAUGGACAGUCUUGCAAAUAUCACAACACCGCCAACGGAGAACGUAACACUCCCAAUGAAUUCCACUUUGACCUCAACGCUUGGAGAUACAUCGUCACUUUGGAUUACAGGCGAUGCUAUGACAACGGAAAGUUAUAUUUCGACUGCAAUGAACGCGAAGCUGCCUACAUGGAACUCAACGAUGGACUUAAAUGUGACUACCGCAAGGCCAACGCCGGAUCCAAGUACAUGCCUCAUAUUUGUCCCUGACAAAGUACUAAACAGCAUCAACGAUAAAGUCGUUGACGAGAUUCUAAUGCCAUCCUUGGUGUUCACAAUUAUGAUGUUUGUGAUCGGCGUCCCUGGAAACCUGGUCGUUUUCUACGUUUAUUGGCGAAGAUGGCGUAAAACAACGUCCCGGUUAUUUAUCAUGGCGUUAGCGGCGUUUGACCUUUGUAAUUGUGUUUCCAUGGCGUUUGAAAUCGAAAUCAUAUUGAACGCUGUACAAUUUAAUCAUCCGUCACGUUGCAAAUUUGCACGGAUGUUCACUUUCCUGAUGAACAACUCCUCGUCCUUCACUCUGCUAGUUAUAGCAAUUGAUAGGUACAUGAGGAUAUGUCGUCCUCUAAAACCGGCAAUGACCAAUAUUCAUGCCAAGAUAGCCGUUGCAGUAGCCGUAGUCAUGGCAAUUGUGGCGGCCUUCCCAGCAGCAGUGUUGUAUGGAACGCAAACACGAAUCAUGAAAACUUCAUUUCCAAACAUUUGCAUCAAGAUGCACCUCUGUCUGAUUGAAGACGGGUACACAACCUCAAAUCUGCCACUGAUCUUCACCAGUUUCCUGCUGGCUGGUAAUAUCCUGAUUGACUUUAUUCUCAUCUUCUGCUAUAUAUGUAUAGCAGUUCAGGUUAUCCGCAGAGGACAGUUCAAUGACGGCUGUUUGUCGAAGGGUCGCGAAAAUAGCAUCUCGUCAACUGCAACUGACCAUGACGUUUUAGAAUCAACCGACAGUCCUUACAAAGCCACGCCAAUCGUCCUUGCUCGUCAGGCCUCUCUGGCAUCUUCAGAGGUCAAUGGCGAUAUCAACAAAGCAGAAGGGAAAACACAUACCAGAAAUGUCAAUGGAAGUACAUCUCGUUCAACGGGAGGUUCAAGUAUAAAUUCGAAGCCAUCAGCGUCAUUCAAGAGAUCUCAAUUCAAAAAACAGCGAUCGAUGUCAACACAGAGCAUUGAGAGUAGACGUGCCCAGAUGUACAAGACAACAUUGAUGCUUUUCCUCGUUACUCUCCUCUUCAUGGUCUCAUUCAUUCCCUACUGUGUGAUAGUCAUCAUUCGCUAUAUCCAGCCCAACUACUAUGAAACGCUGACCAAAGGCGGUAAGGCAUGCUUUCAGAUCUUCCUCAGGACCUAUCUGCUGAGUAGCGCUUUAAAUCCAGUUAUCUACAGCUUCCUCAGUGAACAAUUCCGAAACGAAACCAUCAAAAUCUUCAAGAGUACAUUCUGUAAGAAGAAGUAUGCAUUUACCCGUUGAACGGAAUGAUUUAAGGUUUGAACAAGCUGAUCAGACUUGACUUGUUACACUGACAAAAUAUUUGUCAAAUUUCUUCCUAUACAGCUGUUGUAGAAAAUAACUAACCGAGCAGGUGGCAACAAUCCAAAUUGUUGUAGCAUUCCAAAUGUGCAUGUCGGAACAUGUGUAUGAUGGUAUAUUCCUCUGGAUAUGUAUAUGUCAUUUUGUUUAAUGCAAUGUGACCUAAUUAAUGUGUCAACAAGGUUACUGAAAAUACUAUGAUUUGUUAUGACAUUUUCGAGUUGGCGGAAAUACUCUAACUCCAGCUAACACAUGGAGAUACCAACAAAGCAGAAGGGAAUACACAUGGAUGCGCGUCAUUAAAUGAUCUAAGCUGUUGAUAUGACGUUGACACUGAUAACACAAAAUCAAACCGGUAGCACAUUUCGAGGUGUCUGCUACAACUGUCAAGGAUUUCACUCUAGAAGCCUUUAUUCCUGUUUAGGGUAAUAACGACGUAAAUAUGUAAACUUUAUGUGUCAAUCAUUUCAUUCAUAUGUUCACGUGAUGGUCAAGUGGUUAAGGCGACUGACUUUCUACGAUAAUUAGCUCUCCACCACUAGGUCGUUGGUUCGAUGCCUACAUGGGGCAGUCGCCAGGUACUGGCCGCAGGUCGGCGAAUUUUCUCCGGGUACGCCGGCUUUUCUCCACCACCAAAACCUUACACGUACUUUAAUGACGUUGAUAGGACGUAAACACAAACAAACAAAUCAUAUAUUCGUUAAUUUGGCGCUUAAAAUCUUUCAUGGAAUCUAAGCAUUAAAUACUAUUUUGAAUGUGGCUACCUAUUUCUUUACAAAUGAUAUACUGCCAAUAUUGUGCUUUUUUGUUUGUUAUUGAGCCUGUAAGUAAACAUGUUGACCACCGUGUAGCUUUAUUAUUCUUGGCUGCUUAAUCGUCGAGAUUAGGAACGCAAUAUCAAGCCUUUUCGCACAUUUAUUAUGGUAUUCUUAUGUUAGUAUUUCAUAACAUGUCGUUUUAAUACAUGUUAGACCGAUGAUGAUAGUAUAAUAUUCAUAACUACAAAUUAUAAUCCGCAAAAUGUUAAUUCACUAACUUUCGUGGGGUGUUAAUUUCGUUGAUUCGUGGGUAAUCUUCAUCCACGAAUUCAUAGGUCCACACAAUAUUGACGACAAGUUUGACAUAAAGCCAUUCGCCGUAUGAUUGGGUUCUCGUAAUCCACGAAUGCAUGUACCCACGAAAUGAUGAUUUUUUUGGGAAAUUACGACACGACGGCCCAACGAAAAUAUCUGAUUUUACAUUAAUUUUUUCUGUGCAGUAUAACUGUUUGCAUCGUCUCCCUAGCCCAUGCUGUCGGAGAUUUAUUGUUUUUAAACAUGUUUUCAUGAAAGAUUCAAAAGAAUAUUGAUUGUUCCUAUAUAUAUACAGAAAUGUGGUUUAACGAGAUUCCACAAUGCUAUUGUAAAUGAGAAAUCAUUUGGGUCACGUAUCCCUCGUUUAAAGACAUUGACCUAAAGGGAAGUUUGAAUAGAUUUCUUUUAAAUAUUUGAUCCGGGUUUUAACACUGAAGCAAACAUCAACAUACCUUGCCUCCAGCACACAUACACACAUUUACACUUACACACAUUUACACAUACAUACAUACACACAUACACACAUAUACACAUACACACAUACACACAUAUACACACAUACACACAUACACACACACAAGAAAACUGGAGGCACGCCCUUAAAUGACCUAAGCUGUUGAUAGUACGUCAAACCUUGUACAACCAAACUGUAUUACGCUUAAAACAACCAGAACCUUACAUGUUGUAGAUUUUGUGAAUAUGUUUUCCUUGAUGCAUUUGAAAACGAUGUAAAUAAAAUACCAUAUCUCUGCAU